AUGUCUAAUAAUUUAGUAGGAAAUAUAAAUAAAGAUUCUCUGGACAUGCAAAGCUAGUUAAGUGAUGAAGAGGCUUAGGAUUAGCAACAAAACUUGCUUCCUAUUUGCAAAAAUGAUCCCUCUAAUUUAGAUGAAUAUCUGAUAUUUAGGAGAGAUAGCGUUUCCAAUCAAAACUAGUUCAUUAAUCCUAAAAAAUUUUUAAAAAGUCAAUACUACUCUGGGAACGAUGGUGAGUAUAUUGAUAGUGGCUAUGGAGACGAUACUCUUUCAAGCAUCCAAUCAAUUUAAAAAUUUGGAUUUUUAGAUCCAAUGACUGGAGCAGCUACUUAAAUUGUCUAUAAUAUGCUUAGCAUCUAAGAGGCAACAGACGCUAUUUUAGAAUGUGGUUGUGGUACAGAAUACAUUCUUCCAUAUUUAGUUUAAAUGAAGAAAAAGCAGUGCAAAUUGUUUCUGACUGACAUUUCUAAAGUAAAAUUAAGUGUAAUUAAGCAUAAAUUAAAAUUACUAGAGGUUAAUCCUCUUAGUACUAAGUUAUAUGACUAUAAUUUUGUUCCUAAUAUGGAGGAAGAUUGGUAGGAAUAAGAUAAAUUGCACACUAAUUGUAUUAAAAAUGAUGGAUAAGAGCUUUGCGAUAACAUUUAAGAAUAAGUUAAAUCAAGUGGCUUAUACUUUAAUAAAGGAUUGAAUGUGUUUGCAGAAAGAGCCGAUGCAACAAAGUUGUUUUAUGCAAACUCUGUGUUUGACAUUUAUUUUGGCGGAAUGCUAAUUAAUGAAGUUAAAGAUCCUUUUCAAGCGAUAAAAGAAGCUUACAGAGUUUUGAAGAAAGGAGGCAGAGUUGGUUUUACUAUAUGGGAUAGUGAAUCUAACAACAGUGAUUUCGAUGAAAUUAUGAGCAAAGCCAUCUAAAAAGUGACUGGAGCCAGGACUGAAUUCAAAUAUAUUGAUUAAGAUGAAAUCCUUUCAGUGAAAGAAUACAAAUUAAUGAUGGAAAGAGCUGGCUUUAAAAACAUCCUAAUAUGGAGCUAAUUCAUUCCCUAUAAUUUCUUCACCAAAGAAGACUAUGAAAAUCAUCUUGAUAAAGACAAAAUCAAUGAGCAAAAUAUCCAAAUUAAAAAUGAAGCUCUCAUCUUAUUUGAAGAAAAGCUAAGAAGAGAAAACUCUCCCUUUGGAAUGAACAUCCUAUGCAUUGUAGCUUAAAAACUUGACUGA